AUGUACGAGACGGAGUCCUUGAAUGUCUUGUUGAAGCUGUUUCAGUGGUCUGUCGUUGGCCCCGAGGAUACCGAUGACACCAAGUACACCGUAUCCAAAAAGCUGUCGGAGGUAAGUCUGACAAUCCCGAUUAUUGCAGUAUCUCUAAUGUAUCCCCAGAUGGUUUCCUACAUUGCAGGUUUUCUUGAAGAAAAAGGCUUUGCCAUCGAGAGUACGCCUAAUGCAGACUUGCCGUUCUUUUUUCAUCUCAUGUUAAACGUCGUUCAGCAUCGCAGUCUUACCGUUUCGAUUCCAGUUCUGCAUAUUUGGUCCAAACUUAUAGCGUCGUCCAAAGUUGGGGACUCGGACGUCGUGAUCAACCUCAUUCCUCCACUCUUGACCAUUUGUACUGAGCGUCUUGUCCACUGGGAAGCCCUUCCUACUGAUUCAGAGGACCCUACUGUAAUGUUUCUUAAUGAAGAUAUUGACACUGUCCCGGAGAGACAUGCCUUUGUUGGGAAUUAUCGGCGCUAUUGCUCGGCAAUUAUUGAGACGAUAGUCCAAAAACGACCGCAAGAGGCUAUUCCACACAUUCUUCUUGGGGUUGACAAUAACCUUGAUGCCUUGUACAACGGGGUCGAAUCUUUCAGCGGUUAG